AUGAGUCUUUUUGACGAUUUACCGGAUCCUGUCACAGAAUACCUCAUCGAUUUGCUUGUCGGCACAGCUGCAGAAAAAGGUGAACGCACAGAAAUGCAGGAUACGCAUUUGAAUAUACCUGACUUUGUAUCAAAAGUAGCUGCCGGUGCCUAUUCAGGUGAAGCUCAGAGAAUAAGUCUUUUUGGUGUCUUUGAUGGUCACGGCGGAGCAAGAGCCGCUCACUUUGCCAAACAGCGUAUUAUGGAGCAAUUAUCUGCCAAAUUCCCCUCUGGAGACUUAGCACAAAUAGAAAAAGACAUAAAACGCAUUCUCUUGGAUGUUUAUAAGAAAACUGAUGAGGAGUUUUUAAGGGAAGCAUCACGUCAACGACCCCAUUGGAAAGAUGGUUCCACUGCUACCACAGUUCUUUUGGUAAAUAACACCCUCUACAUCGCGAAUAUUGGUGACUCUGCUGUUGUGAUUGCGCGUUACCGGGGAAAGCAAGAGGACAAGCUGGCCUCCACCUCUCUGACAGGCAUCCAGUUGACCCGAGAUCACACUCCGCUUGAUCCGGGAGAACGUGAGCGGCUAGCCCGAACUUCGGGCAUCCGAAUAAUUGACGGAAGAGUUAAUGGACAACUGGAAGUCAGUCGGUCUUUUGGAGACUAUCAAUUCAAGAGGCAUGGGGUCACAUGUAUCCCGGAUGUCAAAAAGUACGAAUUGGUUCGUGGGCGCGAUCGGUUCAUUCUGAUUGCAUGUGAUGGGUUGUGGAAGUGCUUCUCUCCCCAGGAAGCCGUUGACAAAGUUGACCGGCUUAUAUCCGCAAAUCCAACCCUGUCAAAGUUUGCAUCUGGAGAGGAGAUGCUACCAGAGACUAGCGAUAGCCAUGCCACACAAAGGGCCCUCAAUGCAAUCUGUUCAGAAUUGGUCCAAGAAGCCGUCCUCCAAAGACUGUCCGGUGAUAACGUCACUUGCCUCCUCUUGUUAUUUCCUCAAGGCGCUGCUUCAAAACUUCCCUCAUUGAAGGAAACCGGGGACGAAGCUCACUUCAAACUUGCGAAUUAA